UAAAGACACAGCGUUAGGGAUUGUGUUUCAAGAGUGUGUGUCUGUGUGUUGGGGAAGGGGGAGAGUGUGGAAUGAUAACUGCAUUUGUGUUUCUGUGCCGCCUCAUCUAAGAAAGAGAACUCGCCGUGAAAGCACUCCCGCCAAUUAAUGCGAGGAGCAUGUCGAUGUGGCGGGGUGUAAUCGCAAUGACACUAGAAGCCAUGCCAAGGAUCCCAGUGCCAACAGUUUUGGCGACCUUCACCUUAAUUACUGCGUAUCCGACUUCUUACGACGAGACUUUUUACCUUGACCCUGGGUCAAGAAGAUUCUUGAUGCAAACUGAUCUCGAACUAGCUAACAUCACAGUGAGAAGAGGAGAGCUGAGUUAUUUAUAUUCAGGACUUCACUAUUGUCCUUACAAUCAACACAGCUCGCCAAGAAAGGGAUCCGCAAGCGAUGCACUCCAGAGGACAUCCUCCUGCCCAUGGUACUGGACUUUGAAUUUCGACAGCCAGCGGGAUCCCACCAUGAUCCUAACCGCGGCGUGUGCAUGUCACGAUUGUCAGGAUUCCACCGCCUUACUUGGAAACGUCUGUCAACCGGUCCACUACUUCCGGAAGAUCAAGUACGUUCACGAAAAGAAAUCCUACGGCCACAGACUCUUCCCCGUCGUGGUGGGCUGCACGUGUAACCGAUACUCCUCCUAUGACGCCAGGGCUUAACCACGAACUUGAAAAAUGAAAAAUGUAUUUGUCUCACCACCAACACAGAGAGAACAAACCGUGUUUGGUCGUGUACUGAUCGAACUAGAAAGAAUUCUCUUUCUUUGAGAUUUUCUUGGUAAUCAGUAAAGAAUGUGAUAACUUGAA